GUAGGUUAAACCGUAGAACGUAUUUUUGUUCCUGUGUCAACGUAUAGAAGAAGAAAAGAAAAACAAUAACGUCCGAGGCAGGCUUAAGUUUUCAUCAGAGACAUUUAUUAUAAAAAAAUUAUAGAAAAACUUCUUUACAUCUGACACAAGCCAUACAUUCGUCGUCCUUCUCGAAGAUGAACUCUAAUGUAGAGAAUUUGCCCCCCCACGUUCUGCGGCUGGUCUACAAAGAAGUUUCCGCUUUGGCUGCAGACCCCCCAGAGGGCAUCAAGAUCUAUCCCAGCGAAGAAGACAUAACUGAACUUCACACGUCUAUUGAAGGACCAGAGGGGACACCAUUUGCCGGCGGCAUUUUCCGAAUGCGACUGGUCCUCGGGAAGGACUUCCCUGCUGUUCCACCUAAGGGGUAUUUCCUGACCAAGAUUUUUCACCCAAACGUGGGUCACAAGGGAGAGAUCUGUGUCAAUGUGCUGAAGAGGGACUGGAAGGCAGAGCUCGGCCUCCGACACGUCUUACUUACCAUCAAGUGUCUUCUCAUCCAUCCAAACCCUGAGUCGGCGCUAAACGAAGAGGCUGGCCGCCUGCUGUUAGAGGAUUAUGCUGAGUACGAGUCCCGCGCCCGUCUCCUCACAGAAAUCCACGCCAUGGGGGGGCCGGGCGGGACCUCCGGGGCUCCUCAGGACCCUAACGACGGCCCACAGCCAAAGAAGCACGCAGGUGACCCCAUGAAGAGAGCGGGACCCAGCGUGGCAGCAGUACCAGCAGCUCUGGGUAAUGGAGCUAACGGAGCCAGUACCACCAGCAGCAAUAGCAACAGUAGUAGUAAUACCAAUAAUGUAGCAGGGAAAAAGAAAGCAGAUAAAAAGCGAGCUCUGAGGCGACUUUAAUACCUCGGCAAAAUUUCUGUACGUAUGAAUGCGAGCGUGAGUGUAAAUAUAAAUAUUGAAUUGUGUUGACAGAAUUUUUUUUUGUUGCUUUUUUUCCUUUUUUUUUUCUGACUCUUACUAGACUGUCCCUGUUGUACCUCUCUGUUUUGCCUCCAGUUUGUUUUAUCCUCUACAGGUUUGUUAAUUACUUCCAUACCUGAAGACACUGAGAAGCUUCUGGAUACAGAUUUUCAGCAGAAUAAUUCCAGUUGUCUGUAUUCUUCCUUUAAGCCAGUCUGAAGGAACUACAUCACUAAAAUAUGGCAUUUAAAGUCUAUUAUUGACACAUAAUUCCUAUUGUUUUGGACGUUAUCAGGUAUUUUUAAAGUGUUUCUUGCUGCUGUGGUGGUACCGUGUACUGCACAGCCCGCCUUGUUAUCGAGUCUGAACUAGGACGAAGUUUUCAAAUUGCGUUCAAGGGAUUUUUAUGAAAAAUUUGCUGAAAAAAA